AUGAACGGCACCACUAAAGCUCCCGAUGCUUUCCCGGCCCCCAACCAGUCGCAGCUGGAGUCGUUGCCGGGUCUGACGCCGCCGCAGCAAGUCCCUGCCCAUAAUGGUGCAGGGUGGGAAUUUCUCCAGGGGAUGAACAUCACCCUGCAGGGUCAUUGCGAGUGCCUGGGUAGACAAAUGCAGACCUGGAAGGGCUCGUACUCCCUUGACUCUCGCUGGGAUGCUCAGCAAAAGCUCGUUCCCCAGUUCCCAGGCCAGGGUGCUAGCCAUCAACAGCCCGAGACUCAGCUGAAGGCACAAAUGGAGAUUGCUGGGGCGCAGCUUGAAGAAAAUAAGAAGAAGCGCAAACGUGAUGGGCAGCGCCGGAAGGACAGAAAGCUCGAACAUCGGCAGAAAGAGCAGCAGCAGCAGCAGCAACAGCAACAGCAACAGCAACAGCAACAGCAACAGCAACAGCAACAGCAACAGCAACAGCAACAGCAACAGCAACAGCAACAGCAACAGCAACAGCAACAAGAAGAUGAACUGCUGCAACUGCUGCAACAACAACUGCUGCAAUACCAGCAGCUGCAACAACAACAACUUCAGGCCCAGCAGCUCCAAGCCCAGCAGCUCCAGUCUCAACCACAGUCUCAACCACAGUCUCAACCACAGUCUCAGCUUCAGACCCUGUCCCAGUCCCAGCACCAGUCCCCCCAGUCCCCCCAGUCUGCCCAGUCCCAGGGUGCAGACCACUGGAGCGACCUGGAUUGGCUCGUAAAUUCCAAUCUCGGGACCGCCGCCAUAGGACAAGGGCAGAUCGACCUGUUGUUCGACGAAAUGGAUGGGUCCGACAACACGCAACAAGAGCAAGCCCAGGCCUUCGACGAGAUGAUCAUUUCGAGCGUUCCUCCUCCCAACGUUGACGCUCCAGAGCCAUGGGUUCCUCCACCGCCUACAACCUUCGAGGAUGUGUAUCGCCAACAAGAUAAGGAAGGUGGCGUUGAACUCGGCCCUUAUUCUGCCAUGUUGUCUGAAUGGGAGCAUUCAAUGAGCGGUCGUAGCUAA